GCGAGUUUUCGGAAAAAUGGUUCGGAACUAAACGGGCUGUGCAAAGUAUCAACAAAUCAAACAAACAAAUAAAAACACAAAGUUCGUAUCAUAUAAAACAGAGGAUUUACCCAUUUUAUUUUAUUGUUUUUAAAGCGGCAGCUUUAAAUAAACAUAGCUGCAACCUCCUCUUGAAGAGUGAGACAUGGCAGAGGAACGCAGACAGAAGCUGUGUUCUGUGAUCCUUCCUACUGAUUCCAUGAAGGCAAUGGCUGAGUCAGUGGGUGUAAGCUCACUGCAGGAAGACAGCUGUCUGACCCUCAGUGAAGAAGUUAGCUACAGGAUCAAAGAGAUUGCACAGGAUGCAUUGAAGUUUAUGCACCAUGGGAAAAGAUGCAAACUUACAACUGGUGACAUUGAUCAUGCCCUUAAACUAAAAAACGUGGAGCCACUGUAUGGAUUCCAGUCUGAGGAGUUCAUCCCAUUUCGCUUUGCAAGUGGAGGUGGCAGAGAAUUGCACUUUUAUGAAGAAAAAGAAGUGGAUCUUAGUGACAUCAUCAAUACACCCCUGCCUCGGGUACCUUUAGACGUUUCACUCAAAGCUCACUGGCUAAGUAUAGAUGGUGUCCAGCCUGCAAUUCCAGAAAACCCACCUUCUGCCUCUAAAGAGCAGCAGAAGGCAGAGUCCACAGAGCCGCUCAAAGCUGUCAAACCUGGACAGGAAGACGAAGGCUUUAUUCAAGCCAAGGGUCAGGGUGCAGUUUCUGCUGAUGUCAAAGGAAAGGAGAAGAUGCGGAUGAAACCACGUAGCACACAUGAGCUCUCUGUGGAGCAGCAGUUGUACUAUAAAGAAAUUACUGAAGCCUGUGUGGGAUCCUGUGAAGCUAAAAGAGCGGAGGCACUGCAGAGCAUAGCCACCGACCCAGGGCUGUACCAAAUGCUGCCAAGGUUCAGUACUUUCAUCUCGGAGGGUGUGCGUGUAAAUGUUGUACAGAAUAACUUGGCUUUGCUGAUAUAUUUGAUGAGGAUGGUGAAGGCUCUAAUGGACAAUCCAACUCUAUAUUUGGAGAAAUAUCUCCAUGAGUUGAUCCCCGCAGUGGUGACAUGUAUUGUCAGUAAGCAGCUGUGUUUGAGGCCUGACGUGGACAAUCACUGGGCUCUGCGAGACUUUGCUGCCCGGUUAAUGGCUCAGAGCUGCAAAACAUUCAGCACCACAACCAACAACAUCCAGUCCCGUAUCACCAAAACAUUUACUAAGGCAUUGUUGGAUGAAAAGACUCAGUGGACAACUCGUUAUGGCUGCAUCGCUGGACUGGCUGAACUUGGGCAUGAUGAUGCUCUUUAUGGUGCAGAAGUAAAUGUUGCUAAGCACCCUGAGCUCCCUGCUCCUUACUGA